UGGAAUGCCAUUCUUCUCAUCUAUAGUCGCCCUUACCUUUCUUUGUCCGCACGACAGCCGAACUCUCCCUUUCAUUGAAACUUCUUGGCAAAUACCAAGUAAUAAUAAUGCUUUAAAAUCAGCACCCAACCAUACAUUUUUUCUUCCCUAAUCUGAACCAAAAAAACUGAAGAACUUAUGGAAUCAGGAGGAGAAAAAAAAAGGAUGGUGGUUGUUGGAGGUGGAAUUGCUGGCUCCCUCCUUGCCAAGUCUAUCCAAUUCAAUGCAGAUGUCACCCUUAUCGACCCCAAGGACUAUCUUGAGAUCACAUGGGCAAGCUUGAGGAACAUGGUGGAGCCAUCGUUUGCGGAGAGAUCAGUGAUAAACCAUAGAGAUUACCUUACUAAUGGACGUAUCGUUACUUCUGCUGUCAUAGAUAUCACCGACACUGAAGUAUUGACCUCAGAAGGCCGCCGUAUUGCUUAUGAUUAUCUUGUUAUUGCCACUGGACAUAGGGAUCCUGUUCCCAAAACUAAGACAGAGAGACUUAAUCAAUACCAAGCAGAGAAUCAAAAGAUACAAUCUGCCUAUUCUAUUGUGAUAGUUGGAGGAGGUCCGACUGGUGUUGAACUUGCUGGAGAAAUUGCCACUGAUUUCCCAGAGAAGAAGGUUACUCUGGUUCAUAAGGGACCAAGGUUGCUGGAAUUCAUUGGAGCAAAGGCUGCUGAUAAGGCUUUACGUUGGCUGAGAUCAAGGAAAGUUGAAGUAAAAUUGGAGCAAGCAGUUGACUUGAAUUCUGCUUCAGAUGGAAGCCAAGUAUAUAAAACCUCAACUGGAGAAAGUAUCAAAGCGGAUUGCCAUUUCCUUUGUGCAGGAAAGCCACUGGCGUCAGCAUGGCUUAAUGAGACUAUAUUGAAGACUAACUUGGAUAAAAGUGGAAGGUUGAUGGUUGAUGAGUACUUGAGAGUCAAGGGUCGCAGUAACAUAUUUGCAAUUGGAGAUAUAACUGAUAUUCCAGAACUCAAACAAGGUUAUAUAGCUCAUAAACAUGCCAUGGUGGUUGCUAGAAACUUGAAGCUGUUGCUGGCUGGAGGAAAAGAAAGCAAAAUGUCCAAAUAUGAGCCUGGUUCAGCAAUUGCCUUGGUUUCGCUCGGAAGGAAAGAUGCUGUCGCCCAAUUUCCUUUUACAACCAUCAGUGGAUGCGUUCCUGGCUUGGUCAAAUCCAGAGACUUGUUUGUAGGCAGAACAAGAAAGCAGAUGGGCUUACAACCUUAACCUGUGGAGGCUUAAGGACGUCUGAAAGAAGUCUAUUUGACAUUGUAUUUUCCUUUUUCCCCACUAUUCGUUUUGGUACGAGAUGCAUACUAUCUUACAUUGUUUUAUCUUUUGCACCCCCUCCUUUUAGCUGUUGAUUGUAUGUUGUCGAUUGUCGAUUGUUGCUCAUACGAUUGUUGAUGGGGGAUAUAUCUUUAUUAAUGCGCUACCAAAAUAAAAAUUGCGUCAUUGUCUUUAGACGU